GCAACGGUAGGACGCGUGUUGUCUCGCUCCCUGUUUUCUCGUCUGCUGGGAUUAUUUGUUCGUUGUGUGUUGUUGCUAGUGUUUUCGCGUGAUGAAGAAGAAAAAGAACGACGAUCGCGAUGGAUUUCGUGUUAAACAGGUCUACCACUGGCAGAGUCACCACAUCAAACACAGUGGUGUGGAUGAUAUGGUGCUUUUGACAAAAAUUACAGAACCUGCUAUUGUUGAAAAUCUGAAGAAAAGAUACCUAGAUGAUCAAAUUUUUACAUACAUAGGACCUGUCCUUAUAUCUGUUAAUCCUUUCAAACAGAUGCCAUAUUUUACUGAAAGAGAAAUUGAACAGUAUCAAGGAGCAGCGUCUUAUGAAAAUCCACCACACAUCUAUGCACUUUCGGAUAAUAUGUACAGGAACAUGCUGAUUGAUAAUGAAAGUCAAUGUGUCAUUAUCAGUGGGGAGAGUGGAGCAGGAAAAACUGUUGCUGCUAAAUAUAUUAUGUCUUACAUUUCUCAGGUCUCUGGUGGAGGAACUCGAGUGCAGAAAAUCAAAGAAAUAAUUCUUGAAUCUAAUCCUUUGUUAGAAGCCUUUGGAAAUGCCAAAACUGUUCGCAACAAUAAUUCAUCUCGUUUUGGAAAAUAUAUUGAAAUUCAGUUCAGUAGGGGUGGUGAACCUGAAGGUGGAAAAGUUUCAAAUUUUCUUCUAGAAAAAUCUCGUGUUGUAAAUCAAAAUGCAAAUGAAAGAAAUUUUCACAUAUUUUACCAACUGUGUGCAGGCGUUACAUCUGACAUGCAACAAAAUUUAGGCAUAAUGAGUCCAGAUUAUUACUGGUAUUUAAACCAAAGUGGCACAUUCAAAGUGGAAGGAACAAAUGAUGCACAUGACUUUCAAGAAACCCUUAAAGCAAUGACAGUCAUGGGAAUGUCUGAUGAAGAUCAAAUGAACGUACUACAAUCUGUUGCUGGUAUUCUUCACCUAGGAAAUGUUACUUUCAGCGAGAAAGGAAAUUAUGCAGCCAUUGAUGAUGAUCAAUUUUUAGCUUUUCCUGCAUAUCUCUUUGGUGUUGAUGCUGAGCUAGUUAAGACCAAACUUACCAGCCGUGUGAUGGACAGUAAAUGGGGUGGACAGUCAGAAACCAUUCAUAUGCAGUUGAAUCUAGAACAAGCUGCCUAUACCAGGGAUGCAUGGGCUAAAGGACUUUAUGCCAGGGUGUUUGAUUACCUUGUUAAUGUUGUAAAUUCUGCCAUGAAAACGGAAAUGACUGAACUCACUGUAGGAAUCCUAGAUAUUUAUGGUUUUGAAAUCUUUCAAAGGAAUGGUUUUGAGCAGUUUUGUAUUAAUUAUGUCAAUGAAAAGCUUCAACAGAUUUUUAUUGAGCUUACUUUAAAGGCUGAACAGGAAGAAUAUGUACAAGAAGGAAUAAAAUGGAACUCCAUUGAGUACUUCAACAACAAAAUUGUUUGCGACUUGAUUGAAAAUAAGACUGCUCCUCCCGGAAUUAUGUCCAUUGUAGACGAUGUGUGUGCGACCAUGCAUGCUGUCAGUGAAGGAUCAGAUAGUCAGCUUCUGGGUAAACUAACAAAAUCUGUUGGAUCACACCCUCAUUUUCAAGGCGGUGGUAGUGAAUUUAUAAUUCAUCAUUAUGCUGGGAAGGUGUCAUAUUGUGUUGAUGGAUUUUGUGAAAAAAAUCGAGAUGUGCUUUUUACAGACAUCAUUCAAGUAAUGCAAAAUAGUUCAAAUUCUUUCAUACGAAAUUUAUUUCCUGAAAAUGUUUCUGGAACAAUCAGGAGUCGACCAACUACUGCUGGCAGUAAAAUAAAGACUCAAGCCAAUCAACUAGUAGAUGCUUUGAUGAAGUGUACACCACAUUAUAUUCGUUGUAUUAAACCCAAUGAAACCAAGAAACCUCAUGAUUGGGAAGAAGACAGGGUGAAACAUCAAGUUGAAUAUUUAGGUUUAAAAGAAAAUAUUCGAGUGAGAAGAGCUGGAUAUGCAUAUAGAAGACCAUUCAAAAAAUUUUUGAACAGGUAUUCAAUUUUAACGAAAGAAACGUGGCCAAAAUGGAAUGGCGAUCCUAAACAAGGCAUUAUACAUAUCUUAAGGAGUGUAAAUAUGGAUGAAGAUAAUUACCAGCUGGGAAAAUCAAAAAUUUUUAUCAAGGCCCCUGAAUCGUUGUUUCUAUUGGAAGAAAUGAGAGAAAGGAAAUAUGAUGGUUUUGCUAGAGUUAUACAGAAGGCUUUUAGGCAGUACUUUGCUAGAAAACAAUAUCAGAAAUUGAAAGAAAUGGCGUCUGAUUUACUUGUUGGAAAAAAAGAAAGGCGAAGAUACAGUCUAAAUAGAAAUUUUGUGGGUGAUUACAUUGGAUUAGAUGAUAAUCCAGCCCUUAGAGCUUUAAUAGGAAAAAGAGAAAGAAUUGAAUUUGCAGAAACUGUAAAUAAAUAUGACCGAAGGUUCAAGAUAACUAAAAGAGAUUUGAUUUUAACGCCAAAAUUUGUUUACCUAAUAGGAAGGGAAAAGGUGAAAAAAGGUCCUGAGAAAGGAAUGUAUAAAGAAGUUGUGAAAAGAAAAAUAGAUAUUGAAAAUAUUUCUCAUGUUUGCUUAAGCUCUCAUCAGGAUGAUUUUAUAGUUAUACAUGUAAAAAAUGAUUAUGGAAGUCUUCUAGAAAUACCAUUUAAAACAGAAUUUCUAACGCUAUUAAAUAAGAAAUUCACGGAAAGAUCAAACAAACCUCUGAACAUUCAAUUCAAUGACUUGUUGGAAUUUAAAGUUAAGAAAGAAGGAUUUGGAGGAGGCGGAACAAAACAGGUAAAAAUAAUCAAUGGGCAAGAUCAGCAACCAUCUUUUAAAAUUAGUGGUAAACUGAUGACUGUUGCCAUUGCUCCUGGACUUCCUAAAGAAACACGUCCAGGUGUUAGAAAUGUAAAUAAUGUAAAAAACAGAAACUCUGUACGUCCUUUAGUCAAUCACAAAGCUAGAUCAUCUACUAGAAUUGUUCCUCGCAGAAAUGCUCCUUGUGCUCCAGCUUCAAAUCCAGCUUUGCAAUUGGCUCAUGCUUUGGAAUCAAGAAAAAUAGCAGAUAAAAUACCUGCUCUGUCUAAAGCUGUCUUGGAAAAGAAACUUUCCCAAAAUAAAUUCAUAACUAAUAAUAAAAAUAAUAACAAUAAUAAUGGAAAUGCACCUCAUGACUUUUUAAAGACACCAGAAGCCGGUGUGGCAGGAUUACAAAGGUUGAAUACUAGGCAAGUCAAGCCUACGCCAGGUGGAGGAAGGCCAAAACCACCUGCUAAACCUAAGCCUGCUUUGCCUCAGUGCAAGGCAUUGUACGCCUUACGAAGCAAGGACACUGAUGAACUAUCCUUCGAAGUUAAUGAUAUAAUUGCUGUGAUUAAACAAGAUCCAUCUGGUUGGUGGCUUGGAAAGAUGAAAGGCAAAGAAGGACUUUUCCCCUCCAAUUAUGUUGAAAAUAUAUAGUAGAUUUAAAAUCAGUGUUAAUAGUGUCAAAAUUAUUGUUGAAUUUUAAAUAUUUUAUUUCAUCAUUUUAAUGUUAAUUCUUUUAUGAACCUAUUACAAUUAUUUCUGAAGAGCUUGAUGAUUAAUUUUAAUAAUACUAUAUA